GCAUAUGAAUCAGACAGUGUGAGUUUAACGUUCGGGAGGGACGAGCUGCAGGCAGUGAAACCUGCUCAGUUUGGUGUUUUGGAGGACCUGAAAUGCAACAUGGCGAUGAAUCUGUUACCAGUGCUGCUGGUUCUUUGUAUUCCAACAUGCAUUCAAGGUAAACACUUGCUUCGCUUUCUGACCUUCUGUCAAAGCAACUUGACUGGUAACGGCCAGUUUGAUGCUGAAUUUGACAGCGAUCAGCUCUUCUACGUUGACCCCGUCAACUAUCGGACAUUUCAGCGUCUGCCAGAGUUUGCAGAGCAGUGGAUCCCUGAUCCUGGACUGGACCAAGAAGCAUACAUAUCCCUGGGUACCUGCCAGUACAACUACAAUCGAGCCAUAAAAGGAUAUAAUCAUCCUCCAGAGGCCAUAGUCAGUCCCGCCUCCAUGAUCUACCCCAAGCAGGACAUGGAACUCGAUGUCCCCAACACACUCAUCUGCUUCGUGAACGACUUCCAUCCGCCUACGAUCGACAUCACGUGGACCAGGAACGGGCAGCUGGUGGACCACAGUGAGGUCAGCCAGACUCAGUAUUACUCCAACAGCGACUUCAGCUUCCGCAUCUCGUCCUACCUGGACUUCACUCCGCAGGAGGGCGACAUCUACUCCUGCAGCGUGGACCACAUCAGCCUGCAGGCGCCUCUCACCAAGUUCUGGGAGGUUGAAGUAGACACAGACCAGCAGGUCGUAGAGACGGCGGUGUGUGUUGGUGGUGUGAUCCUCGGGCUGAUUGGAGUUGUCACAGGAAUCUGGUUCAUCAUGAAAGCCAACAAGUCCUGCCAGGCGUAAAACGCAUCAAGACAAACACCAGAAUUUCGAUGUGAGAUGUGUGAUCACCUCGAUCUUUUUUCUCUUGUGUUCUUCCUCUGGGAGUGAAAUUUCUUUUUGCCCCAUCAUAGUUUUAUUUAUUGUUUUACACCCGCAAUGUUUUAUGUUGUCUUUGUCCACUGAAUUUAAACUUGAGCUUAAAACACAUCAGUUUAACUCAGUCGUUUUUCAUUUUGGCAAAUUCACUUGUUUGCUUAAUACCAUUUUCAUGUUGGUACUUUAAAUAAAAAGCUACAAUCAGGAUAUGGUUAGCUUAGCUUAGCACAAAGACUGGAAACGGGGAAACAGUUACAGUAGACUGCCCCAGUCCAAUAAAAUCCACCCACCAGCACCUCCAAAGCUCAUGAAUUAGAAAGAAAUAUUCCGGCACAGGUUACGCUUUUUUUUACCACGCUUCAGGUUUUGUUUUGAUUAAACAAAAGAGAUAUAACAAGUUAAUUAGUGAGCUAGCUGUAGCCGUAUUUCGCAGACAGAUAUGAGAGUGGUAUCAUUUCUUUGCAUCUAAGUCUCUGCCACAUAGCUAAUUUCCUAAAAUGUCGAACUAUUCCUUUACGAAAUAGAAUAAUCCUUAGUUUAGGCUUCAGUUACUAUUUCUAUAUUUAGAAUAGAAUAGUAAUUUAUUUAACAAUUUUCUAUAAGGACUGCACAUAAUAAAGAAUAAGCAACAAUACGGCAUUAAAUUAAAAUUGAAAAAAACAAGACAAAACACAUAAAACUUUUUAACCGAAAAGGUGUAGGCUGAAUUCAUUACUAGAGUUAAAGGAUCAAUAUGUAAUAUAUUUACUGUAAUAAAUCAUAAAAUGACCAUGAUAUGUCAUCAGAGAUUAUCUGAGCUGUCAGUGCUACAUAUUGUUCCUUUAAGCUAUACAAAAACACAAACACAAUAACAAAGUUUGAAAUGUUUCAUACACAAUAAUAAUCAGUUAAUAAUUCAGUUCUAUAAAUGGCCACCACCUUAUUUUCAAACAUUUUUUUAAAGUUUAGCAAAAGUUUUGUAAAAAAUGUGCUAAGUGAACUACACGUUCUUAAUUCCUUCUCACAACCAUUCCACAACUUAAUCCCUUUAACAUAAUACACUUUGUAUUUGUAAAAAAAAAUUUAAGCAGUGAACUCGACAUGACACGCAGACUAACAGUCUUUCACUUUACAGAAGAAUGUUUGUAUUUUUCUAAUGAUAGAUAAGAAAAUGCAGAAGCUCUACCCAUGUCUUUUGCCACAUUGUAGCACAAUAUCAGGUCUGUAGCUUAUUGUUUGUCAUGUACAAAUAAGCACAUGAAGGGAAGUUGAAAAUGUAUGUUCCUGUACAUUGUACUGCAUGUCAGAGUACAUGCAAACCCCAUUAAAAUGAAAGAGAACAAUUCC